AUGUCGAUCUUGUUUCGAUCUUUAUCGAAAUUUCUUCCUAGACUCAGGUCGAUUACUGUUUUAUCGCGACCAUUGUCUGUGCAAAGCUCUGUAGAUCCUGAUGAAGUGAAUCGAUUUCGUCAGUUAUCCUCCUCGUGGUGGAAUGAAACGGGCGAAUAUGCCGCAUUACAUUCACUGAACCAACUACGAAUACCGUUUGUUCGUGAACAGUUACUUCAAUCAUCAACUCAAACGAACGACGUUAUCAAACCAUUGAAAGGUUUUAAACUACUGGAUGUCGGUUGUGGCGGUGGAAUUCUUAGUGAACCAUUAGCACGACUGGGUGCUUCAGUAUUGGGGAUCGAUGCUGUUUCCGAGAAUAUCUCUACAGCUCGAUUUCAUAUCGAGCCGUCGUUGAAACACAAUUUAAACUAUAAAGAUGUGACACUCGAAGAGCUAUGCGAAAAUGUUGAACAUAUCGAAAAAUACGAUGCUAUCAUUGCUUCCGAAGUUGUCGAACAUAUCAAUGACGUUGACAGCUUUAUUGGCAACAUAGGAAAAUUAUUAAAACCCAAAGGCCUUUGCUUUAUAACGACAUUGAAUCAAACGGCUGCGUCUUAUUUUCUCGGUGUUAUCGCUGCUGAAUAUAUUUUUCGAAUUGUUCCACCUGGUACUCAUACAUGGAACAAAUUUAUUCGUCCAUCUGACCUCGUUAUCUUAUUCGAGAAAAACGGCUUCUCUGUUCUUGUCAACAAUGGAAUGGUAUACAAUCCUAUAACAAAUCGAUGGUCAUGGUCAACAAGUAAAGCCAUCAACUAUGCGAUAUGUGCAGCAAAAAACUAG